CUGCCCCGGCGCUCGGGCACGGCGGAGCGGAGCCCGCCGCAAGUUUCGCUGCUGACAGAGGAGGGAGAAAACAAAAAAUAAAAACACACCGCCAGAAAACAAAACAAAGAAAAAAAAAAAAAAAAAAGAAAAUAUAUAAUAAGAAGAAAGGAACAUUAAAUCAUUAAUAGGCAUAAAAGAACUGUCGCGGCGGGGGAGCGGCCCCUCGGCGGAGAUGGGGCGGAGGGCGGCCCGCAGCCCCCGGAACGAGCCGGGAAUGAGCCGGGCCCGGAGCGGGGCCGUGUGAGCUCGGGCCGGGGGGGCCGGGCCGGGGCCGCCUCCCUCCCUCCGCCCUGCCCUGCCCAGCCCUCCGCGCAUCCUCCGGCACCGCCGAGCCGCGCCGGGCCGGGCCGGGCUCCCAGCCCUGCCCAGUCGUGGGGCCGAGCCGCGCCGAGCGGGAGGAUGAGGGGCAUCCUCUGCUUCUGCACCCUGAUCCUCCUGGAAGGCAUGGCGGAGGCGGCGGGCUCCAGCAGGGACUGCCUGCAGGCGGGCGAGUCCUGCACCAACGACCCGGUGUGCAGCGCCAAGUUCCGCACGCUGCGCCAGUGCAUCGCCGGCAACGGCGCCAACAAGCUGGGCCCCGGCGCCAAGAGCCAGUGCCGCAGCACCGUGAGCGCACUGCUCUCCAGCCAGCUCUACGGCUGCAAGUGCAAGAGGGGCAUGAAGAAGGAGAAACACUGCUUGAGUGUCUACUGGAGCAUCCACCACACGCUGAUGGAAGGCAUGAAUGUCCUGGAGAGCUCCCCUUACGAGCCCUUCAUCAGGGGCUUUGAUUACGUGCGGCUGGCAUCCAUCACUGCAGGCUCUGAGAAUGAGGUGACACAGGUGAACCGGUGUCUGGACGCCGCCAAGGCCUGCAACGUGGACGAGAUGUGCCAGCGGCUGCGCACCGAGUACGUCUCCUUCUGCAUCCGGCGCCUGGCCCGGGCCGACACCUGCAACCGCUCCAAGUGCCACAAGGCCCUGCGCAAGUUCUUCGACCGCGUGCCCCCCGAGUACACCCACGAGCUGCUCUUCUGCCCCUGCGAGGACACGGCCUGCGCCGAGCGCCGCCGCCAGACCAUCGUCCCGGCCUGCUCCUACGAGACCAAGGACAAGCCCAACUGCCUGGCGCCUCUGGAUUCCUGCCGGGAAAACUACGUCUGCAGGUCGCGCUACGCAGAAUUCCAGUUCAACUGCCAGCCAUCGCCGCAGGCCGCCAGCGGCUGCCGCAGGGACAGCUACGCCGCCUGUCUGCUGGCCUACACCGGCAUCAUCGGCAGCCCCAUCACCCCCAACUACAUCGACAACUCAACAUCCAGCAUCGCUCCCUGGUGCACCUGCAACGCCAGCGGGAACCGGCAGGAAGAGUGUGAGAGCUUCCUGCACCUCUUCACCAACAACAUCUGUCUCCAGAACGCCAUUCAGGCGUUUGGCAACGGGACUCACCUGAACACAGCCGUGGCCCCGUCCAUCCCUCCCACCACACAGAUGUACAAGCAGGAGCGAAAUGCCAACAGAGCUGUGGCGACCCUCAGAGAGAACAGCUUGGAGCACCUCCAGCCCACCAAGGUGGCUGGAGAGGAGAGGCUCCUGCAUGGCUCCACUCGUUUGUCCUCAGGGACCUCCAGCCCAGCAGCCCCAUCCUGCUGGGUGGCCCCUCUGCUGCAGAUGUGGCUUCUCCUCGCUCCUGCUGUGCUGAGCCUCCCUGUGAUGUGAGGCAGGGCUGGCACACACCAGGCACAGACUCGAUUUGUGUUGGUUUCUUUACUCAACAACCAGACCAGUAACUUUUUCAGGAGAGCAGGGAGAAGGGAGGGGAUGGGAAGGCAAGGUGAGUGUUUGGGCAUCCCUUCCUCCUCCCCAUCUGUCUGCCAGUUUAUUUGAUUUUAUAUGAUCAGCAUUGUUGACAACCAGCUCAUUCUUGGUCCUGGCCACCUUUCCACACAGCCUGGUUGUUGUUUCUCCAGCUCUCUGUGGACAGGGCUGCAGCCAUGGACAAUUCCCUUGGAAAAGAUGGAGAGAGUUGAUCCAAGAAAUGAGAGCUGCAAAGGAAAUGCUUUUUCCUGCCCCAGCCAAGAGGGGAAAGACUUUUGAUGGAUGAAUGAAUGGAUGACCUGUCAGGAGGUUUCCUGAAGCCCACCUUGAGGGGCUCUUGACAGGACAUGUCAAGUGAUGUGGAGUUCAGACUGUCUCCAGGGUUGCUCAGGACCUGAAGGACAGCACCCCUGGUUCCCUCAGACUGAAGAAAGCAGAUGAGUGGUGAGAAGAUGGCUGGUUUUGUUCACUGGAGAGGAAUCUGAAGCACCUCUGUGGAGGACCAAGUAACCACACUCUGAACUGGCUGGCAGGGAUUAUCCAUCCUCUCAAAACCAUGGCCAAAGUGCAACCAGCAUCCAUGUCCCACCUGUCACCUGUCCCUCCUUUUUAGGGAAACCUGUGUCCUGUAUUGAUGGUAUUCAGGAAGAAACUCGUGUGUUGCAUUUUGUUUAUGGCUGAAUUUUUUGUGUCCCAACCCAAACAUAUCCAUGCACUGGUCCUGUACAGUGUUUGGGACAUUUUUGUCACAUCCAGACAACCAGAGGCCGAUGUUGCCCCACUCCAGGCUUUUCACCAUCAGGGGCUGAUGUGUGAGCCCAUGGGCAGGAUUUGAUGGCAGCCCAACAUAUCCCACUCUCACAUGCUCCCUGUUCAUCCACAGCUCUCACAGGCACAGCUCUCCAGCCAGGGGAUUUCAUUGGGGAAUUUUCCUGGGAAGAGAUAGGAUAGGAGAGGUUUGCUAGAUACCACCCUCAAGACAGAAAUACCCAGCCAAGAAAGGCCAGUUAAUUACAUCAUGGGUAGGGACUGGACUGCUACAGUUUCCCCUCUUUGAAGAACAGGCAGAGGCCACCCCCUGUGUCCAGGUGAGCAGGGGAAGGGCUUUGCCUCUUGCCAGGUUUUGCUCUUUCAUUGAAGGUGUCGUUUAAGCAAAGGCUGCUGAAGUGACGCUUUCUCCUGAGCUGCAAGCAGAGCCCAAGGGAGGAAGGGGAGGAUGAGGGUCUCUCCAGUGUCUGGGGGCACAGGGAGGCAGCUGUGUGACCUCGGAUUACCUGAGCAUCCCAGGCUCUUUCCUCUAGGAGGUGAGCUGAGGAAUCCCUUUUGGGGGCUGAACCCUCUGCUAGGUUAAGCCAG